AUGCCGGGAAUUCUUCCUAUGAAAGUCAUCAAGGUGGGCAACAGCUCCCAGAGCCGCAUUGCCCAGGCCUGCGACCGAUGCCGCAGCAAGAAGAUCCGCUGCGAUGGCAUCCGCCCCUGCUGCUCCCAGUGCGCCAAUGUCGGAUUCGAGUGCCGCACCAGCGACAAGCUCAGCCGCCGUGCCUUCCCGAGGGGCUACACCGAAUCACUGGAGGAACGAGUGCGUGUAUUGGAGGCUGAGGUCCGGGAGCUCAAGGACUUGUUGGAUGAGAAGGAUGAGAAAAUCGAUAUGCUGUCGAGGAUACACGGCAAUCGACGGCAGUCUACGGAGCAAUGCCAAGGCUCUCCCGCGGUCGAAGCGAAGAAGGACGCUGGUGCGCCUAAGGAGGACACAUUCCGGGUUCAGGCGUCACCGCUGUUACUCGGUGUUGAGAACUCUGAUUCUUACUUCAUGGGCGCUUCUAGCGGACGCUCAUUCAUCGAAUCCUUCAAGCGGAAGAUGCAAGAGAAUGGGAAGUCUUGCGCCGAGUUCAACCCGGAGGCGUUUCUGCACAUACAGGGAUGCUAUCCGCUCACAACCAAGCCACCUGCUCACACAAUGAGGAUACCUCCCCGGCUGUUCUCAGAUCGAUGCGUCAAUGUCUACUUCCAGGAGUGGGCACCUCUCUUCCCAGUACUUCACAAGCCUACUUUCCUUCGUGUUUACGAGGAAUUUGUUUCGGACCCCGAGAAGAUCAAGAAUAACCACAAGCUGGCGCAACUCUACUUGGUUUUCAGUAUUGCCGCGCUGUCCGGAGAGCAGCCCGAUCUUCAGCAAAUCGCUGCCUGCGAACAGCAAUGGCAACGAGCGCUUGAGGCGGUCCUCAUGGAUAACACCAUGAUGACCCUGCAAUGCAUAGUGCUGGCGCUUAUGUACUGUACGAUUAGGGCCGACUACAAGAGGCUGCAGCAUUACAAAGGCAUCGCCGUUGGCCUGUCCCACCGGCUCGGACUGCAUCAGAGCCAGAAGAGAUUCUCCUUCGGCGUCCUCACCAUUGAGACCCGGAAGAAGGUCUUUUGGACUCUCUACACGCUCGAUUGCUUUUCUGCCGCGAUCCUUGGUCUUCCCAAACUCAUGAAAGAGGAGGACGUGCACACUGAGUUCCCGUCGGACAGUGAUGAUGAGUACGUCACAGAAAAGGGCUUCCAGCCGUGCCUUCCAGGAGAGGCCACUCGACUGUCAAACGCGCUCGCUUUGUUCCGAGGAUCCCGAAUUUUGGCGAAGGUGCUCGGGAAGAUCUAUCCCUCCGCAACCUCGCACGAGCUCUCGCUUCAGCAAAUGUCCGCGCUGGGUGCCGAGCUCGACGAAUGGUACGAGAAAUUGCCACCACACCUUAAACUCACCUUUAAGCAAGACAAGCCAUCGACCGAUGUUACCGGCAGCAGGUCACCAAUUCUGGCUCUUGCUUACUACUACACCCGUACUCUAAUCUACCGCCCCGCGGUAACAUCCAACUUGGGAUCAAAGGCCGCCUCCGCACUUAUUUCCAUCACCGAGUCGAGCAAGCACAUGAUACAGAUCAUCGAGCUCCUCGAGGAACGCAACUUGUCUUUCUCCUUCUGUCUCAACAAGGCGGACACCCUUAUUCUCUGUGGUAUUACCCUACUCUUCCAGACGAUGGAACUCAAGCGGGAUAGCAAGCUACUGAAGGACAACGAGAAGUUGGUGAAUGCUGUUAUCAAGGCCGCGGACAAGGCGAAAGCACCUGGCUGCUACGAUCUGAAGCGUGUCGCGGGAGUGUUGGUUACCGUCGAUGAACCAUCACCGCAGUCGCUACCUACGCCGCCGAGGCAAAGUCCGGAUACCAACCUCGCAGUUCCUCCGGCACAACGGACGUCGCCGCCCAUGGUGCACAAGGCGCAUCCCGUACUUGGCCGCCACCUUAGUGCCAGCAUCAGCGAGACCGAUCUACUCCUGCAACAAGAGAAGCUGCGCAGAAUGACGAUGCCACAACCUACACAACACAGAGCGGAUCAUCUACCCCCGCGCUCCAGAGGAUCGUUCGACUGCCCAAGGCCGACUAUCCCUCUAUCACAACGCGACCACAGGCUGUCCCUGAGCCACGCGCAGGCAGCACAAGCAGCGAUGCUUGCACGUAUGGCGACAUCACCGAGCACGAAGCAGACGAUGGAAUACCUGCACUUAGACUCACACUCUCAGCCAUCCUCUCCGGUUCAGGCACGCGGAUCCCAUCCGCCGAUGACGCACGCCCAGCAGGCACACCUGUUCGCGCAGCUCCAGAAAGGAUCCACGGUCUCACCGGCCGAAUGGGAGGCGUUGGUGGGAUCGAUCGACAGCGGGCAACUCAACGUUUACGACGCGAUAUACGGAGGUCCCGGGUUGGGCCUGGCGUUGGCGGAGACGCCGAUGUCUGCAACGACGACGACCACAGCACCAUGGUCGCCCGACUCAUGGGAUUUGACAGGGUUCAAUCUGGGCGAUUUCGCUCCUGGAACGGCCUCGUCCCACAGCGGCCUUAGUUUGAGCGAGGAUGGACUCAGCUCAACUGAUGACCUGGGGAGCGUGGGGAGCAUGGAUUUCAGGAACCCGCUGAUCCCGGUGACCUCACCGACGGAUGGGUAUGUUCUGGAGGGAUUGGAUGGGUAUGGGCUAUGA